CUGCGCUCUGGGGCCCCCGCAGCCCCGCACGGCCACCCGGUGGCCAUGACCCCAGCGCGAGGCUCCGCACCGAGCCUGGCCCUCCUGCUGGUGGCCCUGUCCGCCGAGCUCGCGGCAGGAUUGAAGUGUGUGUGUCUUUUGUGUGAUUCUUCAAACUUUACCUGCCAAACUGAAGGAGCAUGCUGGGCCUCUGUCAUGCUGACCAAUGGGAAAGAACAGGUGAUCAAAUCCUGCGUGUCCCUCCCGGAACUGAAUGCUCAGGUCUUCUGCCACAGUUCCAACAAUGUGACCAAAACCGAAUGCUGUUUCACAGACUUCUGCAACAACAUCACACUGCAUCUUCCCACAGCAUCUCCCAAUGCCCCCAGACUUGGCCCCACAGAGCUGACAGUGGUUAUCACAGUGCCUGUCUGCCUCCUGUCCAUAGCGGCCAUGCUGACUCUCUGGGCCUGUCAGGACCGCCAGUGCACGUCCAGAAAGACCAAGAGACACAACGUGGAGGAACCGCUGGCAGAGUACAGCCUGGUGAAUGCUGGGAAAACUCUCAAAGAUCUGAUUUACGAUGCCACGGCCUCAGGCUCAGGCUCUGGCCUGCCUCUUUUGGUUCAAAGAACAAUUGCAAGGACAAUUGUACUUCAAGAAAUUGUAGGGAAAGGUCGGUUUGGGGAAGUGUGGCAUGGAAGAUGGUGUGGGGAAGACGUGGCUGUGAAGAUAUUCUCCUCCAGAGAUGAAAGAUCUUGGUUUCGUGAGGCAGAAAUUUAUCAGACGGUGAUGCUGCGACAUGAGAACAUCCUUGGUUUCAUCGCGGCUGACAACAAAGAUAAUGGAACUUGGACUCAGCUUUGGCUUGUGUCGGAGUAUCAUGAGCAGGGCUCCUUAUAUGACUACUUGAAUAGAAACGUAGUGACCGUGGCUGGGAUGAUCAAGCUGGCGCUUUCCAUAGCCAGUGGCCUGGCUCAUCUACACAUGGAGAUCGUUGGUACUCAGGGUAAGCCUGCUAUUGCUCACCGAGAUAUAAAGUCAAAGAAUAUCUUAGUGAAAAAGUGUGACACUUGUGCCAUAGCAGACUUAGGCCUUGCUGUGAAACACGAUUCAAUCAUGAACACUAUAGACAUACCCCAGAAUCCUAAAGUGGGAACCAAGAGGUAUAUGGCUCCUGAAAUGCUUGAUGAUACCAUGAAUGUGAGCAUCUUUGAGUCCUUCAAGCGAGCUGACAUCUAUUCUGUGGGGCUGGUUUACUGGGAAAUAGCUCGAAGGUGUUCAGUUGGAGGAAUUGUUGAGGAGUACCAGUUGCCUUACUAUGACAUGGUGCCUUCAGAUCCUUCGAUAGAAGAAAUGAGGAAGGUUGUUUGUGACCAGAAGUUCCGACCAAAUAUCCCAAACCAGUGGCAAAGCUGUGAAGCACUCCGGGUCAUGGGAAGAAUAAUGCGUGAGUGCUGGUAUGCCAACGGGGCAGCACGCUUGACUGCCCUCCGAGUGAAGAAGACCAUUUCUCAGCUGUGUGUCAAGGAAGACUGUAAAGCGUAACACCACAUGCAGGCAAAGAGAAACUGCUCACAGCUUUCUUCUGUGUCUUUGUGUAAAUGGUUUUGCUUUUUUUUUCCUGUGUUUUGUUUUAGUUCUACCUCAAUGAUGGUUCACCAAUGUUUAAGUGUCCCAAAGGCAGCAUGAAAAGAUAACUCUGAAGUUAAGCAUGGGCAGGUCUUGACUUUCCCAAUCUCCAUGUUGUUGUUAAUUUUAUUUUUAAAGGUGACACAAUUCAUUAUUAUUAUUUUUUUAUUUAAGGAGGAAGAUGUUAUGAGUAUAACAUAAGCUAUGUAAAAUAGUAAAAAACAAAUUUUUGUUUUACUUGAACCAAGAGUGUACACGAAUGAGAUUAAAACAUUAAAAAUGUGAACUAGAGCAUAUUAUGGUGAAAUGGAACUUUGAAGCUUAGCUGGACCCUUGAAAAGAAAAUUUUGGUCAUCAUUUAUCAUCUGAAGACUGGAAAGAUGGAGGUCAUUGAUGAGUGUGAAACUGAGCCAGGCUCUCAAUACUUUCUCUCUCCUCCCUCUUUGUCACUCUUCAUCUCUACUAGGGCAGUCCCUAUGUAGUCUGAAAGCUAUUGAGCCAUUACUUCUGAUAUAUAUCAGAGGUCCCCGAUGUCUUGAACACUGUGAAAUGGCCAGAGUCACAGAGAUGGUCACAAAGCCUGUGACAACAAGCACUGUGAAGUUUGCCGGCCACUAUAUUUCCUUGAAUUCCCAUAGUACUUUUCUUCCUAAGUGGGAGCUUCUUCAGAUAUUUUAUUUUUAAUUUAGUCAUAUAGAGAGUGCAUUGAGUAUUUUCUAAGACCAUAAUGAAUUUGCUAGAAUUUCAAAACCAUUCUAUUAGCAUUUCCUCAUAAACACAUCAUUGUUAUCCCAUUCAUUAAUUAAAAAAAAUGUUUUCUGAACAUUGACAAAGGUUGACCAAUUAUAAGCACACAUUGUCUAAAGAUGUGUGUGUUAAGAUGUCAUCACUUUGGGGGUACAUAUUUAGAAAGAAAUGUAAACAAGGAAAUAUUUUGAGAAAAAUGAAGAGAACGCUCCCAAAAGGGUUGAACACUUACUGCUAACAGAGAGGACCAAACUGGUUAUUAGAAGACAUUCCUGGCCUUUCAAGGGGGAACACAUGUGGAGAGAUUUGGAGGUUUUACCUGUUCUUUUUGAGGUACAGGUUGUUUAACAGGACACCAGAUAUUUCCUUCAAAUGUACUUCAAAUAUGCUUCAGUGAAAAUAAUAACACAAUGUCUUUCAGACUUCUAAAACACUGUUUCCCCAGUCCCAUUCCCUAGAACUCCCUUCUGCCUGUUUGUUCUUGAACAGAAGUACGCUCAGCAUUAUGAACAGUGAAAUGUUAGCAUAUUCCAUUCUUUGAUGGUUCUGGCAUUAAAGACGUGUUACCCAGGUAUUUUUAAGGCCAAAUAUUUGGUUAUUCAUAGUGCAGACUUUCCAUUAAAAAAAUGGGCGAAGUUUUACCAUCUGGAAUUUAGAUGUUCUCCCAACGUGAGGACUAAUGUUUUGAAGGAGACACAUAUGUUUUCCAUAAAAGGGCAAGGUGAUUUGUAGAUUUUAAUUUGGAAAUGUGUUACUGGAUCCAUUUCCUUUGACUAAGUUGAUAUAAGAGAAACAAAAUGCUGUGAGAGCUCUGAGGGCUGCAGACUCUUCCGUUCUCAGCCACACACCCAUCCAUUUAUAACCAUGAAGUACCCCAUGACUUGCUUGCCACAAUAUUGGGUACAAGAGGGAAUAAAAAGAUGGAUAGGUCCUGCCCUCAGGGAUUUUAAAGUCUAAUCUGGGAGUGAGAAAAGGCAUGUGCGUAUGAGGGAAGAAAGUAAAUUGACAGAUAAGAUAUGCAGUGGGAUGUCUUGAGUUCUGUGUGACAAUGGUUUCCAGAACAGGUCUGAAGCUCACUUCCAAUUUGCAACACAUUUGGAAGAGAUCUUUAUUUAGAUAUUACAGUCUAAUUAUAUCAUCAGUAUCGAAAGGUGCACCUAUGUGAAUGGAUGUUAAAAAGAACUGUGUGAAGGGUGAGCUGGCUUGUGUUUAUCUUACUUCACACACUCCCUACAAGAAGGAAAUGAAAUUAUUUCCUUAGAUGGUUGUAUGCAAAUCUCUAAUAAAAACCCACUAUAUCUUGUUCUGUUCACCACUGUUUGGUAAACAACACACUUACUGGAUUUUUGAAGAGGGGGUGUUUUACUAUCUUUCUUUUUUGUCAUUAUGUUUUAUAGUUUAUUUGAGAGUAUAUAAAUGUAACAUAUUUCUCUUGAUUCAAAUUUCACUGUGGAGAAAUCUUCAUAUUGGAUUGUUUUGAGACAUUUUGCCUGUUGUUUGGUUGUUGAGCUGUAAUUCCUAAGUGAAUAAUCUUAAAGAAAAGGGCAACAAAAGCAGAAGGGAAACAAUAGAGAUUGUAGUUUUUCCUUAACUCUUAAUACAAUUUUACAUAGAAACUACUCACUUACUAAAAAAAAAAAACUACAGAAAUAUUUAUAGCAUAUGGCAGAUUUACUGUAUAUACCUAUGCAGUUCAAUUUACUCUAUGUGUUUUUAAUGGAAUCUUAUGCAAUACUCGUUUCUUUUAAUUUUUGUUAUGAACAUAAAUAUCUUCUUAGGCUAGGUGCAGAGUGACGUCACUGUUUUGCUCUGUGUGGAUAGUUUUGGCUUUGGGUAUAACACAGAGCUUAGGAAUGCUAUUAUGAAUUUUUAGUACUGUAUGCAGAAAUGAUGGGAUUUAUGCGUGGCAUCAUUUCUUGAGAUAUGAGACGCAUUAUUUGUUGUCAACAUUUGAGCAUGAAUUUGUUGCCUUAUAAGUCGUGUGUUUGAGUUUGUAAUCAGGACCGAUUCUGUUGUAUGCAUUCUUCCGUGUCUAAAAUAUUUGGCAUGUCACAUCUAGAAUUCUUAAUUUACGUUCUGCCUUGAGAGCUAAGUGAAACAUGACUGUCGUGCUCUAUUUUAAGCACAGCACUUGCUUUUCAUCUUUAUACUUUCAAUUAACUUUGCAUUUUAAAUUUCCAUAAUUGUAUGAAAAUAGUAACCUGAUUGCUAUGUCUGAAGAAUUUAAAAUCAGCUUUUAUUUUAAAAUGAAAAAUCUACAAUACAUUCAUUAGAUCAGAAGUUCCACAAUAACAUUAUUUUGAAUGCUUCUCUUAUUGCAGAAUGAUUAAACAAAAGAAAAGUCUACUGUCCUGCAAUUUUGUCACCCUGUGACUUACCAGGGCAAAGUAAACUCAGGGCAAUUUUGGAGUCUAAGCAAAAGUCCCAGGGAACUAUUUAGUGCAUUGCCUGAAGGCAGGGAGCGGGCAUCUGCCAUCAUACAAGGACCAAGAGAACAACUUGCAAUUACUUGGCAGGGAAUAGUUUUUGAUUGAUUCUUGAAAGUAAAGAUGAAAUUUUACAUGGCUAACUUAAUUCAUUUAAAAUGUGGAAAUUUUGAUUGCUGUCAAGGAGUUAGGGAACAAUACCAAACAUAUCAGAGUUGGUAGCUGAGGUCUUCAAUAAUCACUUCCUUCAUGUAACAUUAAAAACCAACAUUAUCAACUACUCAGAAAUGUUUAUGCUUAGUGUCUGAAAAUGAUGUUAGUGUAGUUUUUGAACCUACUCUCUCGUCAUUUGUGAAAUGAAACACUUCCACAGCUAACAACACUGUGUUCUAGCUCGAACUGCUGAUAUUCAGUUGGAUUUUGUUCACUAUCUUAGUGAAGACAGUCAUAGUUUUAAGGGCUUUUAAUUUUUUUCUGCAUGAUUCUUUAAAACUAAACCAAAAAAAGAAAAGAAAAGAAAAAGAAAGGGAGAGAGAGAGAGAGAGAAACAGGAAAGAGAGGAAGAGAGACAGAGAGAGGGAGAGAGAGGGAGGAAGGAAGGAUGGAAGGAAGAAAAUCUAGAAUGCAAAACAGUCAUUAAAAAUCUAAUAUUAAACAGAAUUUCUACAGUGCACACAUUUUAUCAAAGUAUUCUAAUAUAACCUUUCUGGUCCUUGGCUUUAUUUUUGCCCUCUAACUUUUCUAUGUUUCAUUAUUUUUCACCUACUUUUAAACUUAUUGCUCAUUCACCAUCUUCUAAAAUUACAGUUACUUCCUAAUUAUUUUUAAGCAUAGCUAUUAUUUAAAUUAAUCCUCAUAGAGCUGUACAUUUGUAAUGGAAAAGAAAUCCCUUAGUGAUCUAAAUUAUUUCAUAUGUGCCACAGUGCAAAAUGAAAAUGAGAACUUAAAAGUUAAAGAGACCCCAAGCCUCAUAACUUGAUUCUGAUAUUUUGUAGAGGAAGAGACUGAAGAUAUCGGAUGGCUGCUGCUGAUUGUAGAAACAGGGUGUCACCUACUUCCGCAGCCUAGCCCACAUUUACAAAUGGAAAGAUCAAUCAGAAUGCAUGUAAAGCUGCCAUGUGCAUAUGUUAAUAUAACAAGCCAUUCAGUGCUGGUGGUCCAAUCCUACGUCUUGGUGGAUUUCCAGCCAAAUAACUUGCUCAGGUCAAGGCGAGUAGGAAAAAUGAUAAUAGGCAAAGCAAGAAUUUAAAAAUAGUCAUUGAGCUAGGUAGAGAUGCCAUGGAAUGCUGAUAAAAUUGAAAAUGCAAUUAAAGAAGGAUAUUGUGUGGAAGUUCCUGGUAGUGGCUGGAGAUGUGAGCAGUGGCAGAGGGCUUGCCGAGCUUGUGCAAGGACCUGGGUUCAAUCUUCAGCACUGAAAAGAGAAAGGAAGAAAGGAAGGAAGGAAGGAAGGAAGGAAGGAAGGAAGGAAGGAAGGAAGGAAGGAAGGAAGGAAGAAAGGCAAGGAAAAAAAACAUUCUUAGUAUGAAUAAUGAUUAGAGAGGCUUCCAGACCCUUUCCCUGCUCCUUUCCUGCAUAUAUUGGAGUGUGUUGGAGUGGGUACAAGGUGGCUUGGUACAUGAACUGGGGACUGUGUUUAAUGCCGUUUAUAUCCUCUUUCUCUCAUUAGUCUUGUCUUUGGCACAGUUUCCUUCCAGUGGCAGAUUCCUGAGUCCUGCAUCACUCCACCCCUCUGUCCUUUCAUAUAGCUGAGCCCUGUCCGGUUUGUUACACACUGAACUUCUUAACAAGGUUUUAAUUUCCCCACCGUGAGUAAGAGGUUUCGCCUCAUCAGCUCCCCAGUGAUUAUUCUCUUGACACUGGGGAGAGGGCUCUGUUAAUGGCAGACACGACUUUCUCUUAAACUUUAGUCAGACUGCCUGGUUAUAUACCAGCUUUUAGCUAAUGCGUAAAGAAUGCCUGCUUCUGCUCUACUGCUGAAUUCCAAUUAAGCAGUGACUUGAACAAAGACUGUGAAAUACAUGUCUCAGAAUGUGAGUGCUUGAGUUACUUCUGUGAUAACUGGUGCCGUUGGAUUGUUUUACUUCUGCCAUCCUUUUAACAUUUUUAUUUAUUUAUCUUUAUGUGUGAUGGGUGUUUUGAUUGAAUUCAUGUCUGUGUAUCGUGUGCAUGUUCAGUGCAUGAAGAGGCCAAAAGGAAGAAUUACGGAAAUUAGAAUUACGGAUAGCUGUGAGCUGCCACAUGGGUGCUGGAAACCAAACCUUGGUCCUCUGGAAGAGCAGCAGCCAGUGCUCCUAACUGGCCAUCUCUCCAGCCCUGCUUCUCCAUGUUUUUAAGACUAAGCCUUGCGCCAUGCUCUUUGGAACGUAGAUUAGACUGAAAUGAGGUAACCAUCUUCACUUUAAAAUUUGUUAUUGAUAGCUGCCAGGAUUCUUCUCCAGUUAGUCGUAAAAGAAUGUAACAUUUGGGAGAAUGUGGGCUUCGGCUCAUCCUCACUUUAGUACUGCCAGGAACAUGUUUUUUCCUUGUUGGUUUGUGUUAUACUAUAAGAUGUUUUCUUCCUGGACCCAACACUUUUCAUUGGAAUAUGUAAUUCCAUCCUGGGUUUUAGGAAUCUGACUGUUAACACAGCCACUAAAAGCCUGAAUGUGGUGGGAAAUUCACCUUUUUCCAGCAUCCCACAUAUGAAUUCUCCACGAGGAACACAGCUUGGGGCAACUGAGGAUUGAGGUGGGUCCUGUAAUCAGCUCUUCCCUCUAACCAUAAUUCUAUAACUUACAAAAAAAGACAUGAUGUGUUUCUAUAUCAACAUAAAACACCCAGGCUUAUCCAUCAUUAAAAAAAUGGAAGCUAAAUUUAGAAAUGGUUCUUGACAUAUGCAAAUUAAACACAGAACUUAGAAGAAUGAAUGCUUUGACUUUUCAUCCCAGUAUUCCCAAGAGUGAAUGAGAUGAAGGAUCACCUUUAUCCUGCUCAUCAAUGUCCGCCACCCCUCACCCCUAAUUCAAAUCAUCUGCAGCAGGGCACAGGGACCUCAAUUUCUAGACGCCCACUGAGUUUUCAUUCCACGGAUGAACCUCUUUCACCUGUAAAGGGAGGCUUGUAUGUCGGGCUCUGAGAAAGUCAGUCAUAGACAUAGGUUUAUCAAUAUUUUCAGUUUUUCUUUGGCAAAAUAGUAGUAACAGCAAUUUCAAAGAUAUAGCAUUUUCUGCUCCCUUUAUCAAAUGAGAUUAUCUGAGUAAAUAUUAGACUCACUCUAGGUCAUUUCCAGAAUGACUUAAGUCAAGCUCCUGUGUUCUCCUGACCCCAGGCUGGGUGAGAUUAUCCACACUUGGUUGGUGUUCCAGGUUUUAAAAUGGCCUAAACAGAGACAAUUGGAUUCAGCUCUUCAAAAGCAAAGCAAAGCAAAACAAACAAACAAACAAACAAAAACCCAUAUUUUUGAUUGAUUUUCAAAGCACUUAUACUAACUACACUUUUCUUUGGGUAUUAUACUUACGAACACAUUACACAUGUCAAAACCAUUGCAUUUUGAAGCUGCAAAAACAUGCCUUGAACUCUUGAACUACUGUGAACAGAAUCACCGUUGUGAAGGUCUUUUUUUUUUUUUUUUUUGUAAGCUUGCUGACAUUCUUAAGCAUGUAAAAAGAUGUUGCCUUCCACAGACAGGCUCAAAUGAAUGUAUAUAAGAACUGUGAAAAAAAUAAAUUGGGUUUUAAAAUAAGAACUGGGCGAUAAGUUGUAUCCAAAAUGUGCAGAUGGGAAUGGUGGUGAGUAGCUGUGUUUUCAUUGUUGGAGGUUGAACAGAGUCAUGGAUGACAUUCAGAUGUUUCAUGAAUUUCGAAUCUGUGAACAUAUGCAUUUAUAGUAAUAUAUACUUAUAUUGUUAAGAAAUAAUCAUGUUUUAGAAUGUAGUAGGAACUCAGCGAUAGCCUUCAUACCAAAAUGUUUCACUUUGCCAACAGCAAGUCAUAAAAGUAUUUAUUUUAAAGCUUUUUUUAAUAUUGCUGCAUAACUUCCUGCUGCCUCCAGGUGUACAUACUUCUCCGCCUAAAUGUUAUAUUUUUAUGUAUGCAUUUUCAGAAAGCAUAUUGUUUCGGGAAGUGGCAAAGACAAUAAAUUAGGCACUCCUUGCACUUGUUUCUGUGAAGCAUAAAGAGCUCUAUUUUAAAUAAAAGAAAAUGUGUCACA